CAGGUGAGAUUUCUGUGGACUGUGUGACUUUGAGCAUUAACCCACACCAGGACAGAGGCAGAGGCUGCACCUGCACAAGGAUGCACAGGCUGUACACUACAGCCUCCUGGAAAUCCUUCAUGAAAACACAUAUUACUAAAGUGAUAUUGCAUUAUAUAUAUGUAUGUGUGUGGGGGGGUAUUCAGAGUGGUGAAAAUCUGAAAAUCUGACUGUUGGAUUUGAAUUUAUUUUUUGUAUUUCCUUAGAUUGCUUUAAAGUAAUUUAAGAUUGAUAGCUAUUUCAGAAACUCAGGACAUCAUCAUUGUGUAAACAAAUGUGUGUGUACAGUGUUGAUUCUACAUGUUUACUUUAGUCAGAUGUGUGUUUGUUUCGUUUCACCUGCUGCUCUCUUCUCUCUCUCCUCUGUUUCUACCCGGCUGGCCCUCCCUCCAAUUCUUCCUGUUAAAAGGGAGUUUUUCCUUGCCACCAUCGCCACCAUUCACGCUUCAUACAUAAAACUGAAAAUGACUGUACUUAAGUGAAAUGUUGACAUUUGCACUUUCUGUGAAGGCAUGUAUUUCAUACCUUGCACUACAAAUCAAGCGUGAAGUAGUGGUCUUUUUACUCCACUCACAGCUGUCGUUAGUUAUAAGUUAUUUUUCUAACUUCUGUUUUCACUUAGGUCCUACAAAACAUUUGAUUAACUUACAUAAUAUGAGGAUCAAACUUCAAAAAUCAGAUAAUAUGGACAGGCCUACCUGCAGCUUACUAAUUAUUAAUAAAGUUUUUCUACAUGAAUCAGCCAGUUUCGUCUUGUUUUAUCUGAUUGCCUGAUCAGCAUAAAACAAGUCAUUAUAUGUGAUAGACUGGACACAGUCAUUUGACAUUUUCUCUACAGGUUUUUUCAUGGAAAUUCUAUUUUUUAUUGUUAUUUUUAUUCUCAAAUCCAGACUCAUUUCAAUUCAAGAGAAUUGACUGCGUCGUCCAUACAUGUCUGAGCAGAGAGUGUUGCUGAUGGAGGAGAGACUCAGGGAGGAAGGGACAGGAAGAUCUGAGAAACCAUUUCAGCUUAUGCAAAAUGUGUACACACCCAUGAGUGCAUGAGCGCAUCUACAUUACAAAGUUACGAACUCUAGGAUGCAGCAUGUUUUGUCAGUGCUGGGGAUGUGUGCUGCAGAACAUAUAAAACACUCAAACACUGGUUCUCACAGUGACUUUAAUAAUUCAUCGUCCCACAGUCCCACAGUUUUACAUCACUGAUAAUAGUGAAAGACAAUUAAAGGUGCCUUUAUCUUUUCAUUUCAUGUCUGUACCACACUUGCAAGACGUUUUGAUGAUAUAUUGAGUUAAUUACAAAAAGGACUAAGGCCACGUUUUACUGCUGCUUACAGGCAAUGUAAGUUAAUACUGAAAUGCUCUUAGAGAAGUUUGACAUAAAGGUUUGUUCAGCUGAACCAAACAUAAUUGAAAUUGCCAGGAGUGUUUUUUUUUCAUCUAGUCCUAAAUGUCAUGAUUACACAAUAUGCUGCUCUUUUUAUAGUUUGGGGCAAAGCAAAAUUAAUUGCAGUAAUGUGUUAAUCUGUGCAGUCGGAGGUGGGACUGAUGUGUGAGCUUGUUAGCAAUCUGCAUGGUUGUAUUCCAUUUUCAUACAAAUUUGAUUAGGCUGCCAGUGGCGUGACACUUCGUGGCAUGACUUACUUCUCCGCUAACGAAAUCGAAAUACAUCCUGAACAGUACACCGUGUGUGUGUUCCUCAUUGUGAAGGUCAUAAUCUGGUGGCGCUCUAGCGGACAGCAGUCACAGAUUAAACUGCAGUAGUGAUAAUGAGGGAAGUGGCCCUGGAAGUCUUUGUUAUACUCCGGUGACGUCGGCUGAGCGUGUGACCUCAAUUGCACCCUUAAAAUGAUUGCGUAUAUAACGCUUAUAUGAUGUUCAAUCGAGUGGACUUUGUCCAGCUAUUUGAGUAGAAGAGAAGCGGAGCUGCGCAGCUUGAGUGUGGCCUUUUGUGUUGUGUAGAAACAUUUAAGCUAACUUACAUGAGCUGCCUGGUUUUGCAUAUAAACUGAAAACAUCCUGUCCGCAGCUCAGGUCCCAGACACUUUUGUGCUGCAGGCUGUUAGUGGUGAUCCUCUCCACUACGCUCAUGCCUGAGUUCAGCCAGUCGGCUCAGGACGAGUGGGGGGAGGAGCGGAGAUAACACACUUAAAAUAGAUGUGUUACAGUGGAUGGCAUUCCUUGUAUCACCUGCCUGGGACAAACGCCUUGGCUUUGGGAACGGCACAGUGAGCAAAACAAGGGAAAGAACGUGCUAUGCAAGAGUGAUGAAUGAUGGGAACAACUGUAUGUGGAUCGAAUUUCACAGCCUUAUUUUGGUCAUGUAGCAGUGAGUGCUGCUCGUUGCCAAACAGACAAACUUAAAUUGGGGAGCCCUGUGGCCGUUAGGUGUAUGGCCUUUCGCCGCAUCACUACAAGAGCUCAGCGGGAGCCUCGUCUGUCUCACAGAAGGAAACUCGGAUGCGUUUGUGUCAAUCACGCAUCCCUUUGGUUUGCUUCCUGGUGCUGCUGCCUCUCAACAUCCCCUGGUCUCAGAUCAGCGUCACCUGGUUGGGCGUGGUGCACUUCCUGGCCUGCCUGUCGCCUCAGCUGGGCUCUGUGCUCUACCACCUCUUCAUGAACCACGAGGGAGGGGAGCCGGUCUACCACACCCUCCUCAAGCUGGAUGUGUGUGGAAUCUGCAUGAUCAACACGCUGGGGGCACUGCCCAUCGUAUACAGUACGCUGCUCUGCUACCCAUUCAUCCGUACUGUGGCCCUGUUAGUCUACAUCCUGCUGUCCAGCCACGCCAUCUACUGCGCCGUCACAGCUCGGAGCAGCGUCCGGCGGCUGCGCUCCUUCGCCUGGCAGGCGCUGUUCCGCUUCUCCUUCUUCCUGCUCCGCUGGGUGGGCGUGGGCGGCGGCAGCCCCACCUCGCUGCGGCACUUUCUCAUGAUGGACGCGCUGGCCGUGCUGGGCGGGGUCAUCAACAUCACACGGAUCCCGGAGCGUUUUCGGCCGGGCCUCUUUGACUACUGGUGCAACAGCCACCAGAUCAUGCAUGUACUGGUGGUGGGCUCCAUCCUUUACCUGCACUGGGGCGUGCUGGAUGACCUGCUCUGGAUCAACAGCUACAACUGUCCCUCAGACUGACCCCCACAACAACCCCCACCCUCUAACGAGGAGCACUGAAACACACGAUGGAAGAACCUCUCAGGGUGGGGGUGGGGGGGGGGGUCUGAAGAGGGAUUACAAAGGAAGGGGAGAUCAGGGGGAACUGAUGCUGUGCAUGUGUUCACCUCAUGCUGUCGGACUCCGAAUGUCCAUAUCUUCGUCCAUCUUACUUUGUCCAGUAACAUGCACACAUCGUUCUGUCUUUUGUCACAAACAUGGACACACAGAAAUGCAAACACAAUGUAAAGUGAAUAUAUUUUAAUCAGUUAACUUAUUAACUGAGUAUUAAACAUUAGGGAGUCUUAGGUAAAGGCUUCUGUAAAAGGUUACUUGAGUUUAAAUCCUUAACUUAAUCAUAGAAGUUUAACUUGAGCAUUAGUUGAUGUGGUUGGCUAAGACAGGUCAGAUAAUAUCAUAUGCUCGAAGUCCUCUCAGAUGUCACCGUUGCUACCUAUGCACCAUAUCUCACCUCAUCAUGCACGUCGCAUACGUACACUCACACUCCCCCACGCCUAUAUUUUUACACUAUAUAAGCACUCAUUGAGUUCAUUUUGUCAAUGUGACUGUUUUGUUGUUUAUGUACAUGUUUUCUGCCACACCUCUUCCCACGUGUGUGUGUGUGUGUCUGAAAGAUGAAAAUGGGUAAGGGGUUCAUUCCUUCAUUCCUGAGUACGCUAAUAUGUUAGUCAUGAGUUUACUUGUUUUAGGUGGUCUGGACCUCAAAAUCUAUGGAGUGGUGUGAACUGCUUUGUUUGCACCUGAACCCAGUGCCAAUGAAAUUACUACAUUUUUAAUCAGAAACUGCCAAAUAUAUGCUCUCAUAUAUUUAACAAUUACUACAAAUCUAAUUAUUUUGAAAAUUUAACCACUAUGAAGUUUUAUCGUUGUCAAGUUUAGGUAGAGACUAAGUGCUGAGUCUUGAAAGCUCUCUAAAAUGACAGACUUGGUAGAUACCUUAACACUGAAAUGCCACAUUGUGCACACUGGGUCCACAUGUGUCGACAGGAUGCACUGAAUAUUAACACUUUGCUUCUCACUGAUGCCAACAGUAACGAUAUAUUACGAUUCAAAUGUCUUUACUUUCUAAACAUUUUGAGGCCAACAGCAGAUAUUUAUCUUUGGACACAAUUUCCACAAACAGUGCACACGAGGAAUAGAUUACAUUUAUUAUUCCCUUUAUUCAUUUGCAAUUGUGUUGUGAUAAAAAGCUGCUCAAACGGUCCAUGUUGUGGCUGCGAGGAUCACUCGCUGACAGAUCGAGUUAGAGGUCAAAGAAAAUCUAUUGUUUCAUUCAAACUGCGCAAAUCCUGGGGAUUAGCUUUGCGUUUCCUCUCACUUUUUCCCCUGCCAUAUGUGACUUCUCCAUCCAGUCACACAGUAAUACUACUGAAAAUGAUCGGUAUCCAUGCGUCAUGGUAACAUUCACAAUAGCAGGAAAGGAAAUUGCUGCAAUGUUGCUUCAAAAACAAUUCUACUGUAGUUGGGUGUUUACUUGUACUUUGGCCAUAAUGAUGAGCACUCAUUAUUGCCAACAUCUGGGCACAUAAGUGCCACAUGAUACUUUAUGUGAAUGCACUACUGUUGCUCUGUAGCUGUACCUGUGUUCUGUGGCAGAACACAAUUUAACUUGCACUUUUUUUUCUUUUCUUUUCUUUCUUUUUUUUUAAAUGAAUAGGCGUUUGACACCUAUGAGUGUUUCUAAAGGGGUGGGGUGGGUGUUGAUAUUUUAAGCUUGCUCGACUGCAGGAAUGAACCCCUGCACCAUCCUGUCUUGUACAGGUGUGAAAGUUCUGUGUGUGUAUUCAUGAUUAUUUUUGUGUCCAUGUUUGGCUGAUUCUAUUUCAGUUGCUGCUCUUAAGUUAAAGUAACUGUAGGACUGUAGUCCUGUCAAAUCUAGAAGCCUGAUUCCUUAUCUAGAAGCAGACUUUAUUUAUUUCUAAGUGACACUGCAGUUGUUUCAGUCACAGCCGCCCUGUGACUAGUUGCCAAUCCCGUCAGCCCUAUUUCGUCUUGCCAUAUUAAAAACACACGAGGCGUAGCACAGCCUCCGCUUCCUUCCUGACUCACAGGUGAAGAAGGAUUUUCCUGUCUUUAUCACGUACACUAACCUCCGACUGCACCCACCCAGUUCACACUGUUUGCCUCCCUCUGACAGUGAAUAUUAAAUGCAAUGACCGUGGUACAAUGUAAAAGCUGAAAUUAAUGUAUUUUUGGCCAUUGAAUGAAACAAACAAAAAAAAAAAAACAAUGCAUGAAAGUAGCUGUCAAAAGGAAACUUAUGUCUCAUAGUCUUAGCUGAUUGUUUGUUCAUUGUUACCAGCAACCGGUUAUUAACAACCUCCUGGAAGUGACUAGGGGAGGGGGGCUUGGUUUCGGAGGAUGUGGUUACCAGUAAUAGAUGAGGCAAUACAUCACUAUCAGAUAAACUGCACUGCUCAUUGUUCUCCAAAGGGCUUUGUAUUUCAAGUAAAUUAUGACACAUUUAAAGUCCAUAUAAAUAAUGUAAAUACAUAUAUGUAGGUUAUAUUAACAUACAGAUGAAUAUAUCCCCCGACUCAUCUUUGAUACAUACAAUAUGUUAAGAUAAAAAAAUGACAAAAGAAGGGAUGGGGUUAAUGUUUUGCCACAUAUAAGCUGCUGCUUUUUUUUUUCCAAAGUGAAACACAAGAGAGGGAAACUUGGCGCGGUGCUUCGGAUUGAUAUCAUGUGUUUACCCAGCUAUGUCCAUUUAUAUGUGAACAACACAAAAAAAAAAAAAACAAAUACCGAAAUCAGUGCUAAUGUAGAGUUGUUUGACCUUUUGUGGUCCUAAGAAUGCUUUUGAUCAUUUAAAUGUAAUCACUUUUUUAGAUACGCGAGGAGGACGUUUGUGACCGUAGUGGGGAAUCUUGGCGGGCAUGUGAAUACCUCGUGACUACCACUGGUCUAUCUAUGCAUUAUCAGACGAAAAGAUACGUAACGGUGAAGUCAAUUUGUGUUUGUUAAACGGCUCUCUGAUCCACCAUAACAGAGAGAGCUCACUCCAACAUCCUGGGUCUCCCUCUUCUCAGGGUGCCAUAACAGUAGCUGUAACAUCCGAGGCCUGACCUCUGCUGUCCGAAACAUGGCCGUCUGCCUUCCCCUGCCCUCUUUAGUCCAGUUUAAUCACGCUAUAAAUCCAACUAACUGGACACAAGGAGGAAGGAAGGAAGGUGGAUCUCUCUGUAAACCGUGUAACAGGAGUGAUCAGAAAAUUGGUCUUGUCCUUUUGUCUGUAUGUUAAAUGAAAAAAACAAACAAAAAAAAACUGACAUGAUGUAUGAAAACAUCGCUUAUAAAGCUAAAUUCAGUUUUUUAAAUAUAACACAGGUGCCGGAUAGCCUGUUAACAACUUGUUUAUAAUGUAUUGUUAUAUACUGAUUAUUAUGAUUACUGUUAUUCUGUGGAUCCUAAUAAUGACACUGGUCUAUGUGUACAGGUGAUGAGACAAACCCUGUCCUUUAGGAUGAAGUGAGCGUUUUGGAGGGUCUGUCUGUUAUCUAUCAUAUCUGCAAUGUCACUGCAUAUGUAAAGUGUCAAAGGAGUGAGUGUGGCUCCAUCUAGUGGAAGUUCAUUGAUGCACGCAUUACUGUAGCCAUAACGGCAGCCAAAUGAAACGCACUGACGUGUGGUUAUACUGUCAGUACUGACCUGCAGUUAUCCUCUAAUUUAUUUAUAUUCCCAGUCAGACCAUGUAUGUGCACAUGUCUGUGUGAGCUCUCCUGCAGGACCCAUGCAUGCGUGAAAUCUGUAAGUUGUCCAGUUUACUUUCUCCUGCUGCACUGAUGGGGUGCAGAUUGCAUCCCCAGAGUGCCUCAUUAUCCAGUCUGUGUGCUUGCAAGUUAAUGUGCAUAAACACAGACACACGGUGUGUUCCUGCUCCGUAGUUGUCCAACAUUAGUGACCUGUGUAACAGACAGGCUCUCACACUCCUCAGUCUCCAGCAACGAUUGUGCAAUAAACUGAAGUCUAUAUUUUUAAA